GUCCCAAAGGAAAUUUGCUGGGAUCGUUCAAACUGCGAUAUUGAUCUUUGUUAUUUUUUUUCGCCGAGGGAUGCACUUGGUAUGAGAAUCGGAGGAUGGAAAUUGUUUGGGAGGUGCUUUUUCUUCUGCAAGCGAAUUUCAUCGUCUGCAUUUCAGCUCAACAAAAUUCACCAAAAAUCCAUGAAGGCUGGUGGGCUUAUAAGGAGGUGGUCCAGGGAAGCUUUGUUCCAGUGCCCUCCUUUUGGGGUUUGGUUAACUCAGCUUGGAAUCUUUGCUCUGUUGGGAAAAGACAAUCACCUGUCAAUAUUGAAACCAGCCAUAUGAUUUUUGAUCCCUUCUUAACUCCACUUCGGAUAAACACAGGGGGAAGAAAGGUCAGUGGCACAAUGUACAACACAGGGAGACAUGUAUCUCUACGAUUAGACAAAGAGCAUUUGGUCAACAUCUCCGGAGGGCCGAUGACGUACAGCCACCGCCUGGAGGAGAUCCGGUUACACUUUGGAAGUGAAGACAGCCAGGGCUCAGAGCACCUGCUCAAUGGACAGGCUUUCUCUGGGGAGGUCCAAUUAAUCCACUAUAACCAUGAGCUGUACACAAAUGUCACAGAAGCUGCAAAGAGUCCUAAUGGGUUGGUGGUAGUUUCCAUAUUUAUGAAAGUGUCGGAAUCAUCAAAUCCAUUUCUAAAUCGAAUGCUUAACAGAGACACCAUAACGAGAAUAACAUAUAAAAAUGAUGCAUACUUACUACAGGGGCUUAAUAUUGAGGAACUUUAUCCAGAGACCUCUAGUUUCAUUACAUAUGAUGGGUCAAUGACAAUUCCACCCUGCUAUGAAACAGCAAGCUGGAUAAUAAUGAACAAACCUGUCUACAUAACAAGGAUGCAGAUGCAUUCUUUACGACUGCUAAGCCAGAAUCAGCCCUCCCAGAUAUUUCUGAGCAUGAGUGACAAUUUCAGACCAGUGCAGCCUCUCAACAAUCGAUGUAUCCGAACUAAUAUCAACUUUAGUUUACAGGGAAAAGAUUGUCCAAACAAUAGAGCACAGAAACUUCAGUAUAGAGUAAAUGAAUGGCUCCUCAAGUAAGUAACACAGAGCAGGCAGAACCCAUAACUCAGUGGAAUGCUACUACUGUGAAUUGACACCAUCUAGAAUGCACCCAACCUCACUCUCUUUGGGUUCACAACAGCAUUUGAAAAAGUGCUGUAGGAAAAGAGCUGCCAUGUUGGAAACAACUAAAAAUUCAUUCAUAUGAUUGUUGGUAACUAAAAAAAAAAUAAAUAAAAAGAAAGUAAAAAGACGAUAUUGAGGUAAAUGUGAUUACAAUUUUGAUACAGUUUUCCUGAACUAAUUUAGCUUCACAAA